AUGGCUGCCAUUCGAAGCAUACCGAGGAGUUCCAUCCUUGCCGUUUGCCUGCUGGGGGUGCUGUGCAGCUUGGCUGGUGUGGCUGCUCAGGUUCCUGGGUUCGGUCAGUGCCCCAAAGUGCACGUGAUGGAAAACUUCGACACCUACGCGUAUCUGGGACGGUGGUAUGAGCAGGAAAAGUAUCCGUUCUUCUUUGAGCUCGGGGGCAAGUGUAUCACCGCCGAUUACUCGCUGAACCCGGAUGGUACGAUCGGCGUACUUAACACGCAGAAAAAUACCCUCACGGGCAAUGAAAACAGCAUCACUGGAUCGGCCAGAAUAGUACAACCUGCUAAAUUGGCGGUUAAAUUCCCGAGCGCACCGUUUAACGUUGAAGCCCCAUACUGGGUUGUUGGUACCGAUUAUAAAUCGUUUGCCGUCGUUUACGCAUGUUCUGAUCUUCGAGGAUUGAUCAGUGCAAAGGUGGCAUGGAUUUUGACCCGCAAACGACAUCCCGAUAUCGAAACGAUGAAGAAAGCCUACGCUGUGUUGGACAGUGCCAAGAUAUCACGGGCCUAUCUGACCCGCACGGACCAGAAGAACUGUGGCGAUGAUUUGAAGAAAGUCAGUAAAGGCGUAUACAAAAGCACAUCUAUUAAGGGAUAG